CUUUGGGAGCUUUGGAGUGUACAGGACGGACUGAAGCCUCUUGUGUUGAACAGCUGAUUGGCUGCUACUGCCGUCCUUCUUUCUGAACUUCAGCGCAUAGGAAUCCUUUUAAGAAUACAAGACUUGUCAAAAUGAACUUGUCGUACUUGGUAGCUUGUGGACUUAUAGUCACCCUGCUUUCAGUAAGGAUUGGAGCAAAACCUUUAUCUCAAGCGCAGCAAAAGUCUCUUAGAAGUUUGCUGGGCGAGGAGCUGGCGGAGUUUCUGGAGUCGGAGGAGAGGGAGAGGCGACUAGACGCUGUGCGCUCUCGGAUACGGUUACUGCGAGAUUUACGCAUGGACACCCGCGCCAGAGGGAUGUGGGCUCGUCUCCUUAACGACCAGCCCGCACCGAGGAGACACAAAACGGGAAGCAAGAAAGCGGGUUCCACGUCGAGGAGUGGCUGCUUCGGUCACAAGAUGGACAGAAUAGGAACCAUCAGUGGGAUGGGAUGCUAGGGAUUUGGAUCAGCGCUGUGAUGAAUUCUGGACGAUGGGUUUGGACAACAAAGGUUCAGUUUGUUCUCACCUGAGGGGG